AUGAAAUAUAAAAUAAAAAAAUUCUUUAUUCAAUUCAAAGGUUUUUCUAAAAAGAAAAUUGAAGGCAUUGAUUCUAUAUGCAGAAUGCCAUACUUAAAUAAAAUGGAUCAAUUUGCAUCUGAAUUGCCGAUUCACAAGUACAAAGACCAAAUCCUCCAACUGAUCUGCGAAAACCCUAUCGUAAUGAUCACAGGAGAGCCAGGCAGCGGAAAAACAACUCAGAUCCCUCAAUAUCUCCUAGAAAGCUCAGAUCUCCCUAGAAUCUUAAAAUCCAGCAAACUUAAAAUCGCCAUAACCCAGCCGCGAAGAGUCGCUGCAAUUGCGAUGGCCCGGCGUGUCAGCUAUGAACGAAAGUGUGGCUUAGGAAAAGAGGUCAGGUAUAACAUAAAUAGGUCGGAUAUUCAAUUCGAUUUGAAGAUUGCACUUCUUCUAAAACCCAAAUCAAAUAUAUGACUGAUGGUGUAUUAUUAAGAGAAGCUCUUCAAGAUAACCAGCUAUCAAGAUACUCAGUCGUAAUUUUAGAUGAAGCCCAUGAAAGAAGUCUAGACACUGACAUUCUUUUAGGACUAUUAAAGCAAGUCGUCCAGCUUAGAAAAGAUUUCAGACUAGUUGUGACUUCAGCUACACUGGAUAUUGAAUUAUUUCAAAAUUAUUUACUCCCUCCUCGUUGAACGAACAAAACGAUUAUUUUUAGUCAAAACCCCUAUAAGCAAACAAAAAUUUUUUAUGAAAAAAUAUUUAUAUAUAGGUGAUGACUAAUACAACAAAAUUUCCAGAAAAUUCAAAUUAAAUUAAUUUUUGCGAUUUUGGAUUUGUAAAUUCCGAUAAAAUACUACUAUAAAGUUUAUCUAGAUAUUUUAAAAAAAAUUAAUCCCUCUGUGGAAAAAAAAAUUUUUUGUGCUGGGGAGUUAGGAAAUUGUCCGUUAAUUCAAAUAGAAGGAAGACAGUAUGAAGUAGAAGUUUUGCAUAGCGCAGUAAAAUCGGAUCUGAGGGUGGAGUUUGCAGUGAAUGCGGCGAUUAGGAUCCAUUUGCAUGAAGGGCUUGGAGAUGUGCUGGUUUUUCUUACAGGGAGUGAAGAAUGCGAAAAGGCUUGCAGAGUGUGCUUUGAUACUUUACAAAAAUUAGUAGCGAAAGGAAAACCUGUUCCUUCUAUGAUGAUUUUGCCACUUUAUGGGGCAAUGCCAAGUGAAGAACAAAGCAAAGUUUUCAAGCCAUGCCCUGAAGAUACCCGAAAAGUCAUUUUUUCUACAAAUAUCGCAGAAACUUCUCUUACAAUUAAUGGAAUAGGCUUUGUAAUCGACUGUGGAUAUAUCAAACAAAAAGCUUAUAAUCCCCGAACUGGGCUAGAUGCUCUUAUGGUCACUCCAAUCUCGAAGCAGCAAGCUAAACAAAGAGCAGGAAGAGCUGGAAGAACCCAAGAAGGAAAAUGCUUUAGGCUCUAUUCAGAAAGCUUUUUUGAAGAACAGAUGGCUGAAAGUGCGGUAGCUGAAAUAAAAAGUAUAUUAAAUUUAAACUUGCAUUAAUAGAGUUUUAGCAUGUUGCCUGGAUCUGUAGGAUGAUUAAAAAUUUGGAAUGGGUCUCACAAGCCGGAAAUUUUCCAAUGUGUCAGACACAAAUUCCUUAUGUGCAGCCACUAAAUGUGGAAACUCCACAUAUGGAAUUUGUGUCUGACACGUGGGAAUGUCCUGAUGUGUGGACCAUCCCAAAAUAAUGUCAAUAGAUAAUAGCAUCACCAGGCAUUUCCGGAAUCAUCCUUUUAUCUAGCGAAGGGCCAUCCUAAGCAAGUGGCAGCGAACUAGCUUUCAGACCUCGUUCGUGUUGCCUCACCUUUCCCAAAAUUGACUCCAGUGUGUUUUCUGCCUGAGAUCUCUUCAUCGGGAGUGUCAAGUAACAAAACCUAUGCCUCCGAAUUACCCUUGAUCAGGCUCUCAUUUUAUUCGGUGAGUCGACAUUAUAUUUUAAAUAAAGCUUCUCUAGUAAAAACUAACCCCAUAAAUAAAAUUCCAUAAGGAGAGAAAAUUAGCAGAGCUAUCUUCUCCCAUACCGAAUGCCAUUUUUAUGAAAUAAAAAGAGUCAAUUUAUCAAGCACAAUUUUGACUUUAAAAGCUCUUGAUAUACGAGAUGUGAUAAAUUUUGGGUUUAUUGAGCCUCCAGACCACGAGGCACUUUUAAUGGCACAUAAACAGCUUUUUUUAAUUGGAGCUCUUGAUGAGGAUGGCUCUAUCACGGAACUAGGCAGAUCUUUAGCAUCUUUGCCAUUAGAGCCAACAUAUUCUCGCUGUUUGAUUGCUUCAUUGAUUUUUAAAUCAUAUUCUGAAAUGCUCAGCUUGGUUGCUAUGCUUUCAACUGAAAAUAUAUGGCAAAAUGUCCCAAAAAUGGACUUAGAAAACACAGAAAAUGCAAAGCAGGCCCAAUUGCAAUUUAUUGAUAAAAGUGGAGACCAUGUAACUUGCUCCCCCUCCGUGAGCAAACAAAAAAAUUUUGUUUGCUCAUGGAGGGGUUAAUUUUUUUUUUAUAAAAUUUUAUUUUUCGAAAUUGAGAAGGAAAUAUUAAUCUAAUUUAUAAAAUUUAUUUUUAAAAUGCAAUUUGCUUAUAAAUUAAACAGAAUUAGCUAGAGAUUUCAUUAUAAUAAUUUUUUGUUCGCUCAUGGAGGGUGUGUUUUUUACCCGAAAAUAGGGAUUUUUCUAAUGAUUUUGCUCGCUCACGGAGUGAGAAGUUAUUUAAAAGUUUUUGAUUCCUGAAGGGAUAAUGAAUACAGUGAAGCUUGGUGCUAUGAAAAUUUUAUUAAUGCCAGAGCUUUAAGGCAAGCUAGGGAUAUCAGAGGACAGUUGAAAACUAUGAUAAAAAAUUUCAGGAUCAGUGGACUACCUGAGGAAAAACUUUAUAAUGAAUUAAUGGAAAAAAAAGCUUUAAGCUCAGACUCCUCAAUCAGACUAAGACUGGCGUUAUGUUUUGGGUUUUAUAUGAAUGCAGCAAGAGCUGUAUCAUAUGGCCAAGAAGGGUCAUAUUUAAGUGUCUCUGAUGGAACAAUGCUUCAUGUAGAUAAACAGUCAAGUAUAAGUAUAUUGGGAAAAUACCCGCCUUGAAUUAUAUACACUCAUCUUUCUGGAUCAACUCUUUCGCAUGGAUCAUUAAAAGUGCUCAGCAAAAUUCGAAGUGAAUGAAUUGAAGACCUUACACCAAAAUUAAGUCAAGCUAAUUUAGAAAGACUUGUAGGGCUGCAAAAACAAAAAAGGCCAAGAGAGCCUUCUAUAAAUGAAGAAAAAGAAGCAGAAGACCCAGCUAUUAAGGUAAACCAAGCUCGCGAACGUUAUUUGAAGAGAAAAGUUAAAAAUGAUACUUAA